AUGGUACCGUUGAAUCAGGCACGGGCGUCCGCCGUGGGACGUCGAAACCGGAUCCGAGGGCCAUCACUGCUGUUGGCUGCCUACGCGUGUGUCUGCAUCUGGGGCAGCCAAGUCCAGUCACAGAGAGCCGGCGGUGGCAACCGGGAUGCUCCGGUUGUCAACAUCCCCAGGCAAGGCGCCGUUUCCGGUGUUGAGGUGCAGCUCAACAAGAUCGGAAACAGGGCCUGGACGUAUCUGGGCAUACCGUUCGCCAAGCCCCCCAUCGGCAACCUACGGUUCGCACCGCCUGAUGUCGAUCCUCCACCCACAUGGAGCGGUGUUCUCGUUGGGUCUGCACACAAGCCAGCCUGCAUCCCGGACCCGCCAGUACGGUCACAUCCCGUCCAUCGGCUGUUCUCCACCGUCACCCCAGGUCCUGUCAAGAUUUCUGAAGACUGCCUGUACCUGAACGUUUAUAGACCCGAAGGUGCGGUGCCAGAAGAAAAGUUCCCGGUCAUGGUUUGGUUUCAUCCUGGAGAUUUUCAUUGGGGAACACCGAUUUAUUGGGACGCUUCGGUUUUGGCCGCUAGACACAAAGUGAUCGUGGUGACAACGGCCUAUCGGUUGAACAUAUUGGGCUUCUACACGGACAACACUGCGGAGGCGUCUGGCAACUGGGGACUAAUGGACCAGGCAGCUGCGCUGGACUGGGUGCAGCGGAGCAUCGAAAGCUUUGGCGGCGCGGCGCAGAACGUGACGGUGUUCGGUCAGGGUUCGGGCGCGGUGAGCGUGGGCCUGCACGUGGUGUCACCCGGGUCCCGGGACAAGUUCCACCGAGCGAUCAGCAUGAGUGGGAACGCGCUGCUUCGUACAGCCGUGAUUACCGCGGACGGACCGGAAGCGGUUCUGGAUGCUCUGGCCGACAAGUUCAACUGCUUCCGGAACACGUUGACCGGGUGCUUGCGGAACGUGGAUGCCGAGUUACUGGUGAAGGGUGGUGGUUCACUGACCCGUUGGGGCCCAGUGGUCGACGGCCUCGCGCUAUCCAACGACAGCAGUGGCCUAGAACCGUUUCUACCUGAAAUGCCGGCCGCGCUUAUGGACGACGGCCGGUUUGCCGCUGUUCCGCACAUGAUCGGCUACAAUCGGAUGGAGGAUGCGUUUGAUGCGUUUGACAGUGGAGACGGUAUUGGAGGUGGCGGCGAAGGCAUAACCAGAGACCGGUUUGAGGCGUUAGUGAGGGAAGACGUCGUGGCCGACGACGAGGACGAUCGUCGGAUGCGUCAGCUACGGCGGCUCCAGCAACAACAGCAACAGCAGCCUGUCGCUACGGACACCACUGGUGAAGCUGUAAGCGGACUCUCGGACGGUGGCAGUGUUGGAGGCGUGGUAGAUGACGAGGCUAACUGUACGCUGGAUGCCGACUUUGUGGUGGACACACUAGUGUUGCGGUACGCCAGGCAGACGGACGACCCUGAAACUCUGCGCCGGAACUAUGUGACCAUGGCUGCCAACAAGGUUUACGGGGCCACCAGUUACCGGGUGGCAGGUUACGUGUCACGUCUAAACGCUACCUACGUGUACCGGUACGAGUACAAGCUGCGUGCGACCAAAGCGCUGCCGGCCGCCGCCGAGUGGAUGGACGCGCCGCACGGCGCCGAGCUGCCUGUCGUGUGGGGUAUGCCAUACUGGCCGUCGGCUGCGGCCAUCGACUGGACCGCCGCCGACCGCCGUAUGUCAGACACCGCGAUGGCAAUGUGGACAAACUUCGCCCGGCACUCCGACCCAGCACACCGGUCAGCUGCGGUCAACGUGCGGUGGGACGAGUACGAGACGCGCAGCCCCCGCGCCAUGAUGCUGGACAAGGUACCAAACAUGUCACAACCUGACCAGGAGCCUGAGUUCUGGAACGAGUACUACCCCAAGGUGCUGGCCGUCGCGCUGCAGUGCUGCGCCAACCACACCGUAGAAUCGGCCGCCACCACCGUUGCCGGUGGGCCCGGGCCCGCUGCUCUGAUUGCGCUGUGUCUGGUGGCCCUGUCGUGGUCGUUGGUCGCGGACUCACCGCCGCUGCUAGUGUGA